UUUUUACUUGGAUAAACGUUUGAACGACAAAAGCCGUUUAUGGUCCUGGCUGAAGAUUUCACCAUGUCUCGCACCGACGAGGUUAACCGCAUGACGGAAAAUGUUUAUAAGACCAUCAUGGAGCAGUUCAACCCCUGCUUACGGAACUUUGUUGCCAUGGGGAAGAACUACGAGAAAGCCCUCGCCAAUGUGACAUUUGCUGCAAAAGGCUACUUUGAUGCCUUGGUCAGAAUGGGUGAACUGGCCAGUGAAAGUCAAGGAUCCAAAGAUUUGGGAGAUGUGCUGUUCCAGAUGGCCGAGGUCCACAGACAGAUCCAAGUGCAGCUAGAGGAGAUGCUGAAGUCCUUUCACAAUGAACUACUCUCAGAGCUUGAGAAGAAAGUGGAGCUGGAUGCUCGAUAUUUGACUGCUGCCUUGAAGAAAUACCAGAUGGAACACAAGAACAAAGGGGAGAGCCUGGAAAAGUGCCAGGGGGAACUAAAGAAGCUGCGAAGGAAGAGCCAAGGCAGCAAAAACCCUUCAAAGUAUGGAGACAAGGAGAUGCAGUUUGUGGAGACAAUCAGUAAUAAGCAGACAGAACUAGAGACAUURAUUGCUGAGGGAUACAAGCAGGCUUUGUCAGAGGAGCGUCGCAGAUACUGCUUCCUGGUGGAUCGACAAUGUGCUGUCGCCAAAAACAACAGCGCCUACCAUGGAAAGGGUAAAGACCUUCUGACUCAGAAGAUCCCAGUGUGGCAGCAGGCCUGUUCGGACCCAAACAAACUGCCUGAGAGGGCAAUGCUUCUGGCCCAGCAGAUGGGUUCCGGUGCUCUUGGGGGCACAAGUCCUCUGCACACUUCCAAAUCCAACCUGGUGAUCUCAGACCCCAUCCCAGGGGCUCAGCCUCUUCCUAUCCCGCCGGAGCUGGCUGUUUUCAUGGGGAGUGGCCUUGGACACCCAGCGAGACUGAUGGGGCCUGAUGGUAUGUCCAUGGUCAAUGGGACAACAGGGGUCCACYGUGAGGAAUACUGGACAGAAGGGGGUUCAAUGUCACAGGUCAGGCCUCCAUCCCCUCAAAGUCAGGCGCAGGUCCAGUCUCAGCCUCAGAGACAGGUCAGCGAUGUCUACUCCAACACCCUUCCUGUCCGCAGGCCUGCCCCUGCUAAGAACAAAAACCCAGUGGGGGAGACAAGGACCCUGCCCAGGUCCAGUUCCAUGGCAGCCGGACUGGAGAAGAACGGACGCUCUCGUGUGCAGGCCAUCUUCUCUCAUGCUGCAGGCGACAACAGCACUCUGCUCAGCUUCUCCGAAGGAGAUGUCAUCACCCUGUUGGUGCCUGAAGCCCGGGAUGGCUGGCACUACGGAGAGAACGAGAAGAACAAGAUGCGUGGAUGGUUCCCAUUUUCCUACACACGUGUUCUGCCUGAGAGUGAUGGUGAUAAGCUCAAAGUGAAUUCCAGCCURCACCAUGGAAAAAGCAGCAGCACAGGGAACUUGUUGGAGAGCGAUGCAUCACUGCCCACACCUGACUAUGGCCUGACUGCCCGACUGCUGGCACAGAGCCUAGCACAGACCCGCCCACGGCCCUAUAGCAUGGCAGGCUUUGGUCCACAGCCUGCCAUUGAGGAUUAUGACAGCCGCUUUGCCACAAGUGACCGUUCAAUAGAGGUCUUCCUCCGGCCCAACUUCACUGAUGACCGAUCUGCACCCAUCUACUACUAGCAGCCUGCUGUUUCCCCCCCUAU